AUUUAAGUUACAUUGUGAUUAGCAAUAACCCAUCUGAAAUCACAUUUUCUUUUCAGGCAAAGUUAAGCGAUAGGUUGAAAUGUAAAAGUUUUGUAUUUGCCCAAUAAUUACAUGGUUUUAAAAAUAUACUCAGAUUUUCAGAAUUGCCUGGCAACAGCAGGCAAUUCUGUGUUUCGAAACACCCGUUCCGAAAAAUAACGGAAUAACGGAUACAAUUUAAAACGUUCUAAGACUGAGAACUGUGAUGUUUGGGACUUGUUCCAGUCGGUGCCUUUAGCAGACUGUACCGCUGACGGACCGCUACUGGAAAUCAUUCCGACUAUCACGGAAAAAGGUUCUUGGCGAUAAAGGAUUAUAGAAAUUGCUUUGGAUUUUUAUUUAUUUAUGCGUAGGCAGAAUACUAGUAAAUCACGGUGAGCUGUACGAUACGGUUGUCACUUAGUUCAUGUUUUUAGCUAAGUUCACGAUACAAAAAUGGCAUCUCGCUCUCCAUCAUCGUCCCCGGAUUCAGCCACGGGCUCAGGUACCGAUCCAGCUCGGCCCGACACCGGAGAACCACUCGGUGGAGGCUCAGACUCAGAUUCGGAUUUGGGAUUAGGGAAAUUCGACUGCGGCGCAGUUGAUGCGGGGCAUCGACUGGAAGGAGAAGAACUGGAGCAAGAAUUCGAAUCGGCAGCAGACCGUUUACGAGACCUGGUGCAGACGGCUAGUCGAGACCAGUUACUGUACCUGUACGCCAGAUAUAAACAGGUUAAAAUUGGAAAGUGCAACACAACAAAACCUGGCUUCUUUGACUUCGAGGGCCAGAGAAAAUGGCAGGCCUGGAAGCAGCUAGGGGACAUGGGGUCAGAGGAGGCCAUGCAGGAGUACGUCACAUGCGUCAACUCAUUAGACCCAGAAGGCAGCCACAAGGACAGGCGUGGUGCAGAGAGGAGGACAGGAUUCGGAGGCCCGGCCGUCAGCUCACUCUAUCAGGAGGAAAUGAUCCGGGAGGAGGAUAAGAACAUCUUUGACUACUGCAGGGAGAACAACAUGCAGAACGUGAGCACAGCCAUCAGCUCCAAGAAGGUGGAUGUCAACGCCAAGGACGAGGAGGGGCGAGCUCUGCUGCAUUGGGCCUGUGACAGAGGGCAUAAGGACCUAGUGUCUUUGUUACUGCAGAACAGCGCUGAUAUCAACAGCCAGCGUCAGCAUGUGAGUUUUCUGAGGUGGUGGAGCUGCUCCUGCAGGCUGGGGCAGACCCCUCCAUCAGAGACCAGGAGGGCUCCCUCCCUGAGGAGGUGACCCAGUCUGGAGCCAUCUCCUCACUGCUGCGCCAGUACACCGCCCCCAAGGGCUAGCAGGCCCCCGUCACAACAGCCCCCUCACCCCUCCCUCCGUUCCCCCUCCACCCCUCCCUCCGUUCCCCCUCCACCCCUCCCUCUGUUCCCCCUCCACCCCCCCCACCCCUCCCUCCGUUCCCCCUCCACCCCAGCCUGGACACCACCCCCCAGCCCCAGCCUGGACACCACCCCCCAGCCCCAGCCUGGACACCACCCCCCAGCCCCAGCCUGGACACCACCCCCCAGCCCCAGCCUGGACACCACCCCCCAGCCUGGACACCACCCCCCAGCCUGGACACCACCCCCCAGCCCCAGCCUGGACACCACCCCCCAGCCCCA